AUGCAUUCUUGGGCGUAUGCCACCGACAAGCGUGCUCUCACACUUGACGAACUGAAGAACGAGUUGCAGAAGACCUUGUCGACGUCCAUCAAUAAACGCUCCUUCGGACCAGACAAGACCAGCCUGGCUGAUGGCUCGAUCGACCAGACUAGUAUUGCAAACUCGGUCAAGAAUUGGAGGGUCGCCGCUUCGAACAUCCCUGACGCCCCAAAGUCGUUGCUCUUUGUGCUUGGCGUCCUUUGUCCGUCUAUCGACACACUCAUCGCCCAACGCGCUAGCCCGCUGAAUGAUGGAUUCGAGGAGAAAUCCGCCUCCAUACGCUGCCUACAGCAUCUUGGUCCCACUCUGGGCCUCAAGGCUUCUCUAGGGCAUGUCACCCUGUCUCUAUCCGGAAAGGCCUCUACGGAGACAUGCCCACGUUGGGACUACGAGGUGGACGGAUGGGACGAAGAUGAGCUCAAUGAACACGAGGACGACGUAUGGCUGGACCGCGCUAACAUAGACGACGCGUCAAUCUCGUGGAAGUUCACGCCUGUAGGUCACAGCGGCACGCUUGAGCCGUCACAGCAGCAGAAACUUGGCACAGUUCAGGUCAUCAAUAGCGAGCGCGAGUGGAUGCCGCAAUGGGAUGAGCUCAGGGAGCCGGACGAGUCGAUGUAUACGGGGUGGGAGGGGCGUUAUAAUGGGGAGCCAGGCAAGUUAUACAACGAUUACUACCGCGCCGGUGUACUUCUCACCCUGAUUUAA